ACGGUGCUGCUUCUGCCAUGAUAAAAGAGGAGAAGCAUGCUCUGCUUCAGAGCAAAUGUGGGGUUUUAGAAAUAGGAUUAACCACUUCUCUAACCCUUGCAAUGACGAAGGCAUAUGUUGCAAUGAUUUUGGAAGGGUCAUUAGGAUGAAUCGGCCAAGGAUAACUCCACAACACCCUCGGCUUGCAGAUCUCAACCUCACGGUGUUUUCUAACUUGGAAGAUUUGGCGCUUGAAGGAAUGGGUUUGAUAGGCAACAUUCCAACUCAGAUAGGAGCUCUUCAUAGUCUCAUCUCUCUAGACUUAUCUAAUAACAAUCUUAUUGCCUUGUGGGUGUGCUACCUUCCACCGUUGCCAAACUUAUCUAGCAUUGCUAGAUUUGGGUGGAAACAAAAUAGCCAGAGUCAUUCUCUAAACUUUGGAUUUUAUGGCAAAUCUCCACGACUUAUAUAUGUGCUCAAAUUUAUUCACUGCAGGAAGCAUUUUGCUAAAGGAUAGUUUAGACUCAUGUCUCCGUUUGCCAUCAC